AUGAACUGAUAGAUUAAAUAGUUACACUAACUUACAACUGAUCGACAAACAACAUCAAUUCCGCCUUGAACAGCAAAUCCAAGUCUUCUCGUCGGUUGGCUUCUUCUGUCACAACCACACAAUUCUUGUCCGAUGCUGGGGAUGGGUCGUGCUGGAACACAGCAUGGGCUUCUGCCAGGGCUAGCUUCUCGGCAGGGGUCAUGGCGUCACAGAAGAAGGCGACUUCGUCGAAAUGGAGCACUUCAGGGGCUUGGUCGAUGCGCGUGGGGGAAGCCGACGGGUUCGAAUGGUCGUACUCGAACGGAAAGUCCAAACUGUCUUGGGCGACACACGACGACGACCGGGGGGACGACGUGGUGCUGGACACCGACCCAUACGGUGUGCACCGCUUCAUGCGUUUCUUCCGGUCAAGCUUUUUCUGGUUCUGGUUGGCCUUGUCGCGGUGAAAGUCGCAUAGUUUGUGGUCCUUGCCGUUGCGUUUCAUCGCACGCAUGUUGAAGCACUUGCCCGUGCGGUAUCCACACUUGUCGUCCAUGGAUGUAGCUUGGAGGUACACGACCGACGGGUCGGGCAUGUCAUCGUCGUCGUCGUCGACGAGGAAGCGGUUGAUUCCGAAAGCGGUGGGCGAAGUUGGUGGGGGGCAG